GAUCUGAGAGAGAGAGAGAGAGAGGUUUGUUUCUCUCCUUAAAAAACGUCUGUGUGAUUUAUUUUCUUGAGUGAUUCAGUUAGAUAAAUAUGUGUAAGCUGAAUAUAAAGCGUCCAUGAUCCUCGGGGCAACAUUAUUUGAAGGCUAACUAAAUAACAAUAUUACCCUUACUUUUGAAACUGUUUUGUGUUCGUAGUCGAGGGUUUAUACGGUACUUAAAACCCUGUCCAGCUUUGUUUGUCCUGUUCUCACUCUGUAUAGAGACACGUGUUUAUACGUUUUUUCUUCUAGAAGUUCUUUUUGUGUGUACUUUGUUUUUGGAACGUAAAUGAGAUUUUUAUUCGUUUUCUGGUAAUUAAAGCAUGCAAUGAAUAUGUGUUUUUUUUUUUGGUAAAAGCAAUGAAUAUGUGUUAUUAUGUUUUUGGUUUUGGAAUUGCUUCGUCUAGGGAAAUUAAUACUGAGGAAAAGAUCUCAAAGGCGGUGAAAAUACUUUCCAUUAAUGGGUUUUAACUGUUAUUUUACCAAAAAAAAAAUUAAACGGUGGAAAUUUAAACCAAAAACUUUAAUAUAAUAAAUUAAAAUUCGAUAUAUAUAUUACUUUAAUUUAAAUUAUUAUCUUAAAAUUUAUUUAUAUUUCAAAAGUUUUACUAAUUAGCAAAACUUUGAAAAAUAUAUACGGCCAUUGCGGAUAUAGCAUAAGUUAAAAAAAAAAAGCAACACAUAAGGGAAAAUGUGUAUUUACAUCUAACUGGGCAUUUAACAUACAUAUUUAAGUAUGAAAUUGAGUAUUUGGAAUACAUAUUUAUGUAGUUAAUAAAUAUAAAUAUCUAAAACAUAAAUAUUUGUUUCAAAUACUCAAUUUCAUGUUAUACAAAUAACUUAUUACUAAUUAUAAACCAAAAUUUUCAAAAUAAACAAACAUUAUACAAAUAAUUUAUUACUAGUUAUAUCAAAUUAAUAUAUCUUAUAUUCUAAGUAUAAUAUUCUAAUUUUACUAUUUUAUAGCUAUAUAUUAUAAAAUGAUCAUUUUUAUUUUAUUUAGUCGCUACUUUAUAACUAAACAAUUAUAAACACAUGAUAAACUUAUUUAUUUUCAACUAUGCAGAACCAUACAAAUUUACCGCCUCACUUUUGCAAACUCAAUUUUACUCCCAUCCUCACUGCAAUUAACCCAAUUAUUAUGCCCCGAAACCUAUCAACUUUUGUAAAACUUUUUUUAAAAGAAAUCACAUUUUUUAAAAAUAAAUAUUACACAAUUAGAAAUACCACGUCAAACGCUGCGUUUCGCUCCCUCGUCGUCGGUUCCUUUCUAAUUGUAAGUUCACCUACCUUCGUUCGUUUGCUCCUUUCUUCGAUUGUUCUGAACUUGUGACCUUUAAUCGACAAGUUUCUGGUUCGAUCUUAAACCUUAAUAUAUGUCUCCCCAACGAGAUUCAAUAAGCAGUCUCCCAGAUGAGGUUCUUGGCAAAGUCCUGUCCUUGCUUCCGACAAAUCAAGCAGCUUCCACAUUGGUUCUGUCCAAAAGGUGGAGGAAUCUGCUUUCCCUCGUAGACAGCCUCGAUCUGAGCGACGACGCAACUGCAACUGGUGAUCCACGUGGCUUCCCUGACUUCGUCGACAAAACACUAGCUCUCCUAACCAACUCUUCAAUCAUCAAAAGAUUCUCUUUGCGCUGUGAGCACACUCACGACGCUUCUCGAGUGGACAACUGGAUCCGCACUGUCCUGGAACGAAGAAGCUUCUCGGAGCUUCACUUAGAAAGCGAGUACAUCCACGUUAUAGAAACAAAGUCCUUGACUUGUCUCCUACGUCUCUUGAGAAUAGUAAUAAAUCUCCAGGUGUUUCACCUAUACUGUAAAUCAAUGCCGGUCUUUCACAAGCUCCUUACUCUGUCUUUUGAGAGUGACAAAGAAAAAGGAUGGCAAGUGGUGCCACUUCUUCUCAACAACUCUCCAAACCUAGAAACUCUUGUCAUCAAGGGUCUUGUGCACCGAGUUACAGAUAGAUGCGGGGACGCCUGUGUGUGCGUCGCUAGGAAGAAUAAGGAGGAGGAAGUAUGUUGUUUAUCGACAUGUCAAGUGAAGGUGCUAAAGGUUUCAGGGUAUAGAGGAACUCGUAGAGAGCUGAAUCAGAAGCAUUUCUUGGGAAAUUUGAAAUGUCUUGAAACUGUCAAGGUUGAUGUUGAAGUUGAGAGUCACCGAGAAGACAAAAAUGUUAACAAGAACUACCAGAGAAUCACCAAUGCUCUUACUAAGCUUCCCAGAGCUUCAUCAAAUCCAUUUCUUUUGAUCUACCCUCUUUGUAACUAAGUCAUUAGCAUGCUUAAUGAUUAUUUAGAAGAUAAAGUCUAGUUUUUCUACUGGGAUAUAAUCAAAAUCUUAUGCUUGCUAUUUAUUUGAGGAGAGCUUUACAGAUAUUGGUAGCCUGGUAGGCAUGAAUAUAAUAAAAUGGCUCACUUUACUCAAAGGUGUUAGUGUAAUGUGAGUUGGGAAUGUGUGAACGAAUCGUGAUCUUCUUCUGUUUUUCAUCUAUCAACAAAAAUUAUUGUUAUCCAAAUUACUAAACCACAACUUCAAAUCUACAAUAUUUUUAAGUAAAAAUGAAAACUUUCUUAAAAUAGAAUUUUUGAGAAUUAUAUUUAAAAAAUACAACAAUUGAUCAAAAAAUCUAAAAGAAUACUCAUCUAUCAACAAAAAUUCUUGUUAUCCUAAUUUCUAAACCACAACCCCAAAUCUACAAUAUUUCUAU